UGUAUCAAUUGAUUUUAAUUGAAUAUUUUCGAUAUUAUGGUCACUUUGUUAUUACUUCUCAACUAAGACGAAAUAGAUUAGUUUGAUAAAACAUGGUUUCGUCGUUGAUCGCCAUCUUGAUUUUAGGCGCUGUAGCCCGUGGCAAUGGUCAAUGUGAAGGAGAAGAGAUGAACUUAACAUCAGAAAACGGCGAAAUAAGUUCUCCAAAUAAUCGCUACGAAUACGGAAGAAGCGCAAAUUGCUUAUGGGAAUUCACUCCUGCGGACCGUUACGCCCUUGUGUUAACAAUCACGUAUCAGAGGCUUUAUAUUAUUGCAAACGGGAACAAACUAUGCUUGGGAUCUUACAGGCUUAUGAUAAAUAACGAUACACAAGAAUGUACGAGAUACAUUGAUACCAGAUUUCCUACUACAUUGAUCGAACCUUUUGAAUACUUCGACUUUAUGUGUGGUGAGGACGCCGGAAAUAAGCAAAGCGUUCAUGUUCAGUAUAUAUCGGACGGACGAACAUAUACCGGUUCGGGGACAAUGCAAACCUUUGGAAUGGGUUUCAGAAUCCAGUACAAGUUUUUACAAUGUCCCACAGUUACAGCCACCAUAGUUGAAACAUUACGCAUUACUGCAAAGUCGGAUCCGGACACUCAUACAAACCCUGAGACAACAGCGAUCGGAAACGCCCACGAAUUAAUCACAUUGAAAACUAACAUAGGAACAUUCAAAACAAACACUGAUAGAUUUUCAAGCGGAAUGGAUCAAACAACUCUGAUAAUCCUCCUCUCCAUACCGGAAUUUAUUCUCGUUUCAAUUAUGAUCGUGGCUGGGAUUAUCACAACGCUCAGACCAUGCCAACACAGCACAAGGGACUGUAGUGCCACUGUACCUGAUGCGACUGAGAUGGGAAACAUCAGUUCUGCGGGACAGAACGGAACGUCAGGUGCAGAUGCAUACGAAGAAGUUCAAGCUGCGCCAUCUGGUGGAUAUGAAGAGAUACUAGCAGCAACUGAUGGAUACGAGGAAGUGCAAAUCAGGGCAACAACCCAGAAACAUGAGGCCGGACAUACAGCGACGUAUGCAAACGUUGCAUAA